UUCAUUAAUAAUCGAAGGAUUUAACCUCCCUUCAGAUGACGCGGUUCAGUUAUCGAGAAAAUUAUCGAGAUAUCGCCUGGUUCACGGCAUCCGUAACUUAUACGAGAAAUUCGAUCGACGAGUUUACGACAAUUUGGAACAUCGGAAUUUAUACGUGCUAGAUCUGGACUGCGAUUACGCGAUCGAGGUUUUACGACAGGCGCAUUCCAAGAAGAUGUUCGUCGCUCCAGCUAAGUGGAUGUUGCUGCAAGAUCGAAGGACUACGAUCGACGCCGACGAUAAUCAAACCAUUUCAACCUACGACGACUCCGUGUUGGAGAUAUUCGAAAGUUUGGCGGUAUAUCCCGACAGCGACGUGAUUCUCGCGCGGAGACUCGACGGCGACUUUCUCGAACUCACGUCUGUAUACCGGCCGAGUCCGCAGCGAGGUGUGAUAUGGGAAAAUCGUGGGAACUGGACGAUCGAGAACGGACUACUAAUGAGGACUUUCGAUGUAGCUUCGGUUCGAAGACGGAAUCUACAUCAAACGGAGCUUAAAUCUUGUCUCGUGAUCACCGAUCCUGACACGAUCGAUCAUCUGACCGACUUUGAGAAGAAGACUGUGGAUCCUGUCACGAAAGCCACCUACCCUUGGAUAUUACAUUUGGCAAAUCGGAUGAAUGCGACGGUAAGUUUCAACAUUACGGACAGUUGGGGAUAUCGCGGAGAGAAUGGCUCUUGGAGUGGAAUGAUCGGGAUGUUGGAACGACGCGAGAUCGAUAUCGGCGGCACCACCACGUUCUUCAUUCCACAACGCAUCGGCGUUGUACAAUACAUCCAGUUGUACACACGUACCAAGUCGGCUUUCGUGUUUCGACGGCCGUUGCUGUCAACUGUGAAAAAUAUAUUUGCUUUACCUUUCCAACAAAACGUAUGGAUAGCGAUCGCCGUGUUCCUCUUCUUGGUCUUUUGUUUGCUGUACCUAUCGAUGAAAUGGGAGCAUUUCCGAGGCGCUUCGCAAAAAUCGGCGAAAUACUGGAGCCAAUUCAAUUCUGGCAAGCCGACGAUCGGCGAUAAUUUUCUCGUUCUUCUGGGCGCGUUUGCUCAACAAGGAUAUGCUUACGAGCCGUACAAGGUCUCCACUCGGAUCGUUACUUUUAUGCUACUGGUGGCAUCUCUUAGCCUCUAUGCAGCUUACACAGCAAAUAUCGUGGGUCUACUGCAGUCUACAACGGAUUCCAUUCAAACUAUCCCGGAUCUCCUGCACAGUCCUUUGAAGAUGGCUGCGCAGGACGUCGUGUACAAUCGUUACUACUUUAAGGCUUUUCAAGAUCCCGUCAGGAAGGCGAUUUUGGAGCAGAGGAUUGAGCCAAAAGGACGCAAGCCCAACUGGAUGACUAUGGAAGAAGGCGUACGUCGCAUAAGAAACGAGCUAUUCGCAUUCCAUGGCGAGACCGGUGCCGUGUACCAACUCAUGCAAGACACAUACUUGGAGGAGGAGAAAUGCGGCAUCACUCAGAUCGAUUACUUGAACGUUCUCGACCCGUUGCUUGCGAUACAAAUGCAAUCGCCUUACUUGGAGAUAAUCAAGAAUGGAGCGUUGAAACUGCGAGAAUAUGGACUCAAGCAACGCGAAGAGUAUCGCUUGUACACGGAGAAGCCGGUGUGCACGAGUGAGACGAGUUUCAUCACCAUCGGCUUUACAGAAUGUUACUUUGCGCUGGUCAUAAUGGGUUACGGGAUACUGCUCGCCGUGGUCAUCUUUGCGCUCGAGCUGCUGUGGCACAAGAAGUAAGGAUCCGAGGGUGACGGAAACUUGGCG